GAUCGACCAGAGCUACGUUGAAACUUGGAGCCACACAAACCCAACACGCAGUUUACUGUUGAUGGUUAUGAAAUGAUGGCUGCUUGGGCAUACCCGCCGCUGCAGGCAGCGGACUUGGAGCGGGAGGCAGAUAAGGCCUUGGCAAAUGAACUUGAAUGGCUCCUCCGCUCGUUGCAGGACUCCCUCGCGUCUCUGAAAGAAGGCCUGCAGGAAUGUGCGGCUUUGCUUGCGCCUCGUGAUCCUGGAUCGACAUUAGUCUUAUCGUCUCUACGAUCAGAGAGCGUGAAGGGAUUUGUGACUAGAGUGGGAACGAAGAUUGUCAAAGGCGACAUUCACCUUCGCUUAAGCUCUCUUCCCCCACCCCGUGGUGCAUCAAGCACACAUUUGAGUCUGUCCAGUUCGCCAGAGACUCCAGAACUGGUCCUCGACCAAUUGGUGUCCGUACGGAAUCUUGUUCACCAGAGUCUUGAUGUCGUCGACGUUAGUACCUGGACCGGUGACCCUCUGAAUGCCAGUUUUAUAUCUGGCCAACUGCGCCUCCUUUAUGAAACGAUCACAGAGGCACGGCAGACCCUAAAGGGUGAUGAAGGUGACGCGAGAGGAAAUUGGUGGGAAUCAAGUGCCAGCCAAAAUAUCUUCAACCCUCAGCUGCCACCAUACCUCUCUUUUCACCUUUCUAUUUUCGACUCUGCCCUCGUACUACAAUUAAGAACACUCGAACCGAACACGCCAACUCACACACCGACGGCGUUCACCGCCGAUAUCUCGUUAACGGGGUUCAGCCUACGAGACAAGUUGUUCGGACCAAGACACCGACCUCACGACGAAGCCGGAGAUGUUUUUACCUGGAACGGCGAAGAGGUCAGGGUGAAGGAGAAGAUCCGUGUGGAAAGCCAGGACCCCAGCCUGAUGGCUGUGAUGGCGAAAUUGACCGCUCUCCAACACGAGGUCUCGAAAUGGAUUUCGGCUCUUAAUGUGCUCAUGGGUCGUGAUGAUACAGACUGAUCACUGGUUCAAGUCCAGCACUACGCCCUCCAAACAGAAACUCCGCACCGUUCUUACUAACUGUGCUAAUUGAGUAUUGGACCUUUGUAUCAAUAUGCUGGAUAGAAGGUAUAUAUAUUUGCUCUAGGAAAGUCUGGAGAAUAGUGUACGGCUUUAUUUUGGUCGCACAAAUAAAUAGUUCUUGGCUCAUCGGCAC